GGUUUUAGUCGUCCUUGACUAGUUUCCGCAGACCUUUCUUCCAUCUUCUCCGUUGACUUUUCCCGAAUACAAUAACACAAACACGGUAGUGACAGAGAAUAAUAGUUGGCGGGGCUGUCUUAUUAUUAUUAACGCCAUGGACACGAUUGCUUCCUUUUCAUUUUAAAUAUUUUGAUUAAAUUUACGACUACCCCUUUGCUUUUCCUCCACCAACUGGGGACCUUCAACACAUUCAUUUCCGAUCUCUUUAACAGAUUGCGAGGAAAAAGUUAAGGGAUAGUAGAAUGGCUUCAACUGAUAAUGGUGAAAAUGUUGGAGGAGCGGAUGAAGCUAAUGGUGUUAAAGUUAAGAGGGUUGUUAAUCUACAAAUUGCAGCAUCUAGAAGAGAGCUUCUUAGUACUGAUGACCCUCCUAGUCUCUCGGACGGUAGCUUAAGUGCACAUGCCAACAAAAUGAAUUUCUUCUCCACCUUUGGUGCUUUACAGUCGCCGUCUCUCAAAUUUCAGAGGCUUGUAACACAGCGAGAUGAAAUUUCACGUACUGUCCCUUGUUCUAGAAGUCGUAAUGUUAGAGAACGUUUAAGUAGAGUUUUUAGUAAGAAAAUUGAAUGGAACAGCCUUAAGAAAAUCUGCAAAGAAUGGAUAAGGAAUCCGAUGAAUAUGGUUCUGUUGUUGUGGAUAAUUUGUGUUGCUGUCUCGGGUGCAAUUUUGUUUUUUGUCAUGACUGGAAUGUUAAACAGCGCCCUGCCUAAAAAAACCCAAAGGAAUGCUUGGUUUGAAGUUAAUAACCAGAUCCUCAAUGCAUUGUUCACCCUCAUGUGUCUCUACCAACAUCCACAACGACUAUACCACCUUGUACUUCUCUUUAGAUGGAGGUCAGAAGAUAUUUCCAGACUGAGGAAGGUUUACAGCAAGGAUGGUACUUAUAAACCAAAUGAAUGGGUGCAUAUGAUGGUUGUUAUAUUUCUGCUCAAUCUUAAUUGUUUUGCGCAAUAUGCCUUGUGUGGUCUUAAUGUGGGAUACAAGAGAUCAGAACGACCUGCCCUAGGGGUUGGAAUAACUAUUUCCUUUGCAAUUGGUUGCCCUGCAAUUGCUGGUAUUUACUCCAUCGUUAGCCCCCUUGGAAAGGACUACCAUUUAGAAUUGGAUGAAGAAGCUCAGCAACUUCAGAACAAUACUUCCGACAGUAGUGCAAGCCAGCUGAGAUCAAAAACAUUAGAAAAGAUACGAUCAUUUGCACCUAGAGCUCUCGAAGAAAGACCUCAGUGGAGUGGCGGUAUAUUUGAUAUUUGGGAAGAUAUUUCUGUUGCAUAUCUAUCUCUAUUCUGUAGUUUCUGUGUUUUUGGGUGGAAUAUGGAGAGACUUGGAUUUGGAAACAUGUAUGUUCAUAUUGCGACUUUUCUUCUCUUUUGUCUGGCUCCAUUUUGGAUUUUCAAUUUAGCUGCUGUUAAUAUUAAUGACGAAGUUGUCAGGUCGAUAUUGGGCCUUACUGGAGUUUUUCUUUGUGUAUUUGGUUUACUCUAUGGUGGCUUUUGGAGGAUUCAAAUGAGGAAGAGAUUCAAUUUGCCAUCGCACAAUUUCUGUUGGGGUAAACCAGCUGUUGCUGAUUGUGCAUUGUGGCUUUUCUGCUGUUGGUGUACACUUGCUCAGGAAGUUCGAACAGGUAAUUCUUAUGACAUUGUAGAGGAAAAAUUUUACAAGAAGAAAGGAGACGAAAAUACCCAGUUACCAAUGUCUCCAUUACCCCGCGAAGAUGGAGGAGGUUAUCAUGUCAAGUCGGGCUCAAAUUCUCCUCUUGGAAACAGCCCGUCUCCUAACAUCUUGAAAGCAAACUCUCCUAGUCCAAGCAGAUUUUCAAAUGAAUAUUAUAGCCAAAUUACAGUGGCAGAACAACAUUCAAGUAUUGUAGAGGGAAUCAUGAAACCACCUUCUCCAUCAGUGAUUCAAAGAGAUGCCAGUUAGAAGAAUGUAGCUAUUGAAAUGCAGUUGUGACUUGUGAGUUGCAUUGUAAAUUGCCGCUUUCCCAUGUAAUUUAUGUAUAUUUUGAGUUGAUUGUGCAGUAUAGUUAUGUUUAAUUUUUUUUCUGUUCACUGCUGGGAAUAAUGUAGUUUGUUACCACUUGGUUCUUUUAAUUUAAGUUGAUUGAAUUCUCA